UUCUCCACCCACGAGUUCGCCGGCCAAAUCUCAGGUCCUGAGGCUGCCGCUGGACAGAAUGGGCCAGACAAAUGAGCCGCGGUGUCUGCGGAGCGAGUGAAGAGCGGCGAGUCGUCCUCAGUUGCGGGACCUUACGGCGUCCCGGAACCACGCGCGGGCGGUGGGCGCGCUGCCCCGAGGCGUGCAGGGCGUGCAGGUGCCCACCCGGGACGGCCCCGGCGGCCGAGACCUCCUGACUUAGGACGCGUGGCCGUCGGUUGGCGCCCCGUCGUCUCCUCCGAGGUUGCCGGGUCCGAGCCUUGCUCCCACCAACGGCCCCCAGCCAGGUCCUCGCAGGUCUCCUCUCCAAUGAUCCAGAAGUCACACCCGACGCUGCUGCAACCCCAAGAUGUCGGGGACAGGAUGGAAACGCUCAUGUUGCACCCCGCCAUCAAAGCUUUCCUGUGUGGCGCUAUCAGCGGGACCUGCUCUGCCCUCCUUUUCCAGCCUCUGGACCUCCUCAAGACUCGCCUGCAGAUGCUACAGCCCUCGGCCCAUGGAUCCAGACGCAUUGGGAUGUUGGCCCUGCUCCUGAAGGUGGUUCGCACGGAGAGUCUCUUGGGCCUUUGGAAAGGGAUGUCCCCUUCCAUUGUGAGGUGUGUCCCCGGUGUGGGAAUCUACUUUGGCACUCUCUACUCGUCGAAGCAGUACUUCCUUCGAGGCCAUCCUCCCACUGCCCUGGAGUCCAUCAUGCUGGGGAUGGGCUCUCGCUCAGUCGCAGGGGUCUGCAUGUCACCCAUCACUGUGAUCAAAACACGUUACGAGAGCGGGAGGUACGGCUACGCAAGCAUCUACACGGCGCUGAGGAGCAUUUAUCGCAGUGAGGGACACCGGGGCCUUUUCAGUGGCCUGACAGCAACACUCCUUCGCGAUGCUCCCUUUUCUGGAAUCUACCUGAUGUUUUACAACCAGACCAAAAACGUUGUGCUCCAUGAUCAAUUGGAUGCAACCCUUAUUCCCAUUGUAAAUUUCAGCUGUGGGAUAUUUGCUGGUGUUCUGGCCUCAUUGGUAACUCAACCUGCUGAUGUUAUCAAAACUCACAUGCAGCUUUCCCCAGUAAAAUUUCGGUGGAUUGGACAGGCAGUGACACUUAUUUUCAAAGACUAUGGGCUGCGGGGCUUCUUCCAGGGUGGCGUUCCCCGGGCCCUCCGCAGAACACUGAUGGCUGCCAUGGCCUGGACAGUCUAUGAGGAGAUGAUGGCCAAGAUGGGCCUGAAGUCCUGACCGACAGGGGACUAGGGGAUGAUGAGAUCUGCUACCCUGCCUGGUCUCUGCCAAGAGCUGCUUCACCUCUCUACGCUGGAGUAAGAUGAGUCUGUCGGGGAGAGACAGGCAGUUACCUCACCUUCUGUUACCCAGUUCAAGUAGACUCAAGCCUUUGGAAUCUCCCCAAAGAGGAGUCAUGGAACCGGACAGCUUGGUGGGGAGUUAGGAGAAGGGUUUGCAUAUCCUGCUCGGCUACCUGAAAAGUCACCCCACCCACUUACACGAAGCCUCCUUGGCUCCCUUCUUGAGCUGGGAAUGGCCCUAUGUGACUGAAAGCUUCAGCUGGGGAGAUGAGUUCCCAGAGAGGAGUUGCUGCCACCAGGCUCAAGUUUGCACCGUAGGUCAUAUCAGGGUGAGGAAGAAUAGAUGGCAUUAUUUAAUUGGUUUCUAAUCUACUUCUCAGAUGGUCUGGUAAAUGGGGGACAUUGACUUCCUGGCCUUUAUAUGUCCAAAUAAAAGUUCUUGAUCUUGA